UGGUGGGUAUAUAAAGGUGGGUAGAGACUUUGCUUUGGUGUUGGUGCUGGUGGGAGCGAUGGGGAGACAGCCUUGCUGCGACAAACUUGGCGUGAAGAAGGGGCCGUGGACGGCGGAAGAGGACAAGAAACUCAUCAACUUCAUCCUCACUAAUGGCCAAUGUUGCUGGCGCGCCGUGCCUAAGCUCGCCGGACUCCGUCGCUGCGGCAAGAGCUGCAGGCUUCGAUGGACUAACUAUCUCCGCCCGGACUUGAAGAGAGGUCUCCUUACUGAAGAUGAGGAGCAGCUUGUUGUCGACCUCCAUGCUCGCCUUGGCAAUAGGUGGUCGAAAAUUGCUGCAAGACUGCCAGGGAGGACCGAUAAUGAGAUCAAGAACCACUGGAACACCCACAUCAAGAAAAAGCUUCUGAAGAUGGGAAUCGAUCCAGUCACCCAUGAACCCCUCAACAAAGAAGCCAAGAAAGCCGAAGCCCCAUUCGACGAUUCGCUCGAAUCUCACAACAACCAAGAGCAGUUAGAGGAAACCAACAGCAUCCCCAGCUCGGAGGAGAACUCCUCGUGCUCGUUGGCCGAGAACUUCACCGGCGGCGCCGGCGGCUCUCAUUUGCUUGGCAUAUGCGACGAUGACCAAUUGCUGAAUUGCCUGUGGGGAGAAGAAAGUAAUCCUCUGGUUGAUUUUGCAUCUUGGGAUCAGUUCAUUAAUCCGGCUGCCGGAGAAAGCUUCUGUGAGGUUGGCUUGCCUUCAUGGGAAGAUCAGAGCUGUGCAUGGCUAUUGGAUUGCAAGGACUUUGGCAUCCAAGAUUUUGGCAUGGAUUGCUUCAAUGAUGCUCAAGUUAUCAACUCCUUAGAGACAGCCAACAAGCAAUAAUUGAUAUAUAUAUAUAAAUAUAUAUAUAUAUAUAUAUUAUGUGUACAAUAUGUACAGAAUAUCCAUGUUGGGUCAAAGCGAAAUCUCGCUUCUUACAGAGGUUUCUCACCAACCAACGUAAUAUAUGUCAUUCCAAAUUAAGCAGCAUUUGAAGAUCUUAGGACAUGGGUUCGUUGAUGAAUACGUUGUACCAAAAGUAUAGGAAAAAAAUAGUGAGGUACGUUGGACAUGCACAUCUAUGUGUUAGAUGGGCCUUGUGAAUGCAAAAACCUUUUGUAAAUAAGUGUUUAUGCAUGCAAUGUCUAUAUCAA